AUGGCAAACAGUAUGUUUUUGAAGCUAUUCAAUAGCAAAACGUUCAAAAAUCAAGACCUCGUCGACAGUGAAGCCGAUUCUGAUGCAAGUCUAGCUUCUGAUGGACCAAUCAUGUGUUACGAUUCUCUGACUCUCCACGGUUAUUGUUUUAGCUGCAACAUCAUUCCACCAACAGAAAUGUUCAAGAACAACACAGUGCAUCACCACUUCAAACUAGCCUAUUCACUUGACCCGAAUUCUACACUUUCACAUCAAGAAGAGAAACUGCAAGGAUUUCCCUUUAUUGCUAUGACAUCAAAGGAAAGGGGAAGGAUCUACUCAUAUCCAGCCCUGAACAAGAGUCCCAUCAACACAUUCACGCACAAGACUUGUGAUCCGCCUGACAGUAAGGAUAAGAAUAAAGUGUGCAAUAUGCCUGACGAGUACAAAUCGCGCCAUCGGGAAUUUGGAUUCUAUUCCAUCCACAAUCCUUAUGAUGUACCGAGUCCUUUCAUGCGAUGGUAUUAUGACAAAAAAUUCAUGAACCAUGAGCUGCAGGUGCUAGUAGAUGCCACGAGUUACCUGCUGAUUGACAAGGAAUCAUUUCAGAGACCGCCGGAUGAAAGAGAAUGCUUUUCGUCAACCUCUGAAAAGGAAAGGCAAUUGAAGUUUUUUAAAUACUACACCCGACGCAACUGUCUAGUGGAAUGCUUCACAGACAAGAUUCUGGAAAAUUGCUCGUGUGUUCUCUACUUUCUACCACAUACUGAAGGCACUCCAAUAUGUGGCAACGCCGAAUCCAAGGCUUGUGCUCACGUAAUCAUGGAAGAUGUGAAUAUUGAGAGUUCUUGGAAAGACUGCAACUGCUUGGCGUCCUGUAAUCACACCGAGUACAGAGCCAUUUCUCGUGAAAUCAUUCCUCAGCCGAACUCAACGACCCAGUACACCAUGGUGCUGCGAGACGACACCCUCUACCCGAAGAUACGGCGGCAAACGGAAAUCCUCGAGGAGUUGGUUCAGUCCUCGAUGACCUACCUCGACAUGUUCCUCGGGGUCAGCCUCAUCAGCCUCGUCGAAAUUGUCUACUACAUCCUUUUGAUGUGCAUGGAGUGUCUUGGCAUCAACCGAACCAUCAGGCGAAGCAUGAAACGAUUCGAGCGCAAAGUCUUCACGGUAGAUGCCCAAUGUCCCAAAGUUGAUGACAAGAAAGAAAGUCUUGAUGAGUGUAGUAGAGUUUCGUUUGAAAAAAAUACUCUAAAGAAACGAGUAGGUCUUUUUGCAAAGAACGAGUUUUGCUAA